CGGAGCCAUAAGGGUACACGCGAGGACGACCCCAGGGAUAAAGAGUGGCGCUCCAUCCUUCGUUAUCGCAACACAACCACCAGUGACAAACGCAAACUUGCGCCGGCCGUCUCUCCCCGAAAUCUCUACUCAAUAACCACAUGCCGAGCGGUAUAGAUCGAUAAUAGGGGCAUUGAAGCUCUCCUUGACACCGCGCACGACAAUAUCCUAGCCAAUUGUUGUCUCAGAUAUUGCUAUAAUAUCAUAAUGGCUACCUCCUACGCCUUGCCGGCGUCCACAUACCCGCAGCACCAUCAUCUGGCCUCGGACCACUUGCGCUCCCAUGGCCAUGGACACGACCAUUGCGACCAUUCGCAUUCACACUCCCACGGACACUCCCACGACCACUCACACGGGCAUGCGCAUUCCCACACACCGCCAUCCCUCCCUUCUCUGAGCUCUUUAGACUCUCCGCCCAGCCGUAGGGGCUCGUACGCAACCGGAGCGCAUUCGCAUAAGAAGACGCAAAGCAACGAUUACAACUACAGUUAUACUCACAAUCACAAUCACAACCACGACCACGACCACGACCACGACCACGACCACAGCCACGAUCACAGCCAUGACCACAGCCAUGACCACGAUCAUGAUCACGAUCAUGCCCACAAUCACUCCCCCGGUGCUGGCGGAACAGGGCAUACAAAGACACGCCCCAACAUUCCGCCUCUAGGGGCCAUCAAGCACUUUCGGACGGGCUCAACCGCUGGCGGAAGACCCAUCAUCACGCCCACAACCGCUGGCUUUGAGAAGGGGCAUGGCUUUGAGCCGCCAGCUACGGCCACCUCGCAUGGGCAUCACCACCAUUCUGCUGAGUGGUCCAAGUUCACUGCGUUUCUGCUCCCAUAUACCUCCAAGUACCCCAUAAUUCACGCUGUGAUGACGGAGAAGGACUCUCGGCGCAUCUUCUACUUCAUGUCAAUAAACCUUUCCUUCAUGGCUGUACAAGCAUUCUACGGUUAUGUAACAGAUUCCCUCGGUCUCCUGAGUGACAGUAUACACAUGUUCUUUGAUUGUGUUGCUUUGGCAGUUGGCUUGGUCGCAGCCGUUGCUAGCAAAUGGCCUCCCAGCGAGCGGUUCCCCUACGGCUUCGGCAAGAUCGAGACACUGAGUGGUUUCGCCAACGGUGUGUUUCUGGUUUUGAUUAGCGUGGAGAUUAUGUUCGAGGCGAUCGAGAGAAUGAUGGAGGGCAGGGAAACCAAGAGGUUGGGAGAGUUGUUUGUGGUCAGUACCAUGGGCUUGUUGGUGAACUUGGUUGGCAUGGCUGCUUUUGGGCAUCAUCACCAUGGCCACGAUCACGGCCACGGACACUCCCAUGGGUCAUCAUGCGGCGGCGGUGGACAUUCGCACUCGCACUCGCACUCGCACAGCGACUCGGAUGCCCACGGCCACAACCAUAGCCACGGUCACAGCCAUAGCCACAGCCACGACCACAAGCACGACCAUGGUCACUCCCACGGCCAUUCUCAUGGAGGGCAUUCGCACUCGCACGACAACGAAAACAUGCACGGCAUCUACUUGCACGUUCUUGCGGAUACCCUCGGCAGUGCUGCUGUCAUUGUCUCGACCAUCUUGACGCACUUUGUCCCGUGGUCUGGGUGGGAUCCGCUUGCCAGCUUCCUCAUCGCCGUUUUGAUUCUUCUUUCAUCAUUGCCGCUUGUGAUAUCCUCUGCUCGCAGACUGCUGCUUACGAUCCCCCCGGAGACCGAGUACAACCUCCGGGAAACGCUGUCGGGUAUUUCGGGUCUUCGAGGCGUCGCGGGCUACUCGGUGCCCAAGUUCUGGAUCGAUGAUCGCAAUUCGGGCGAAGAGAGCUCUGCGAACAUGCUGCUGGGGGUGAUGCACGUCCAAGCGGUUCGGGGUGCGGAUAUGGAGGACGUUCGUGAUCGUGUGCGCAACUACCUGUUGGGACACCACAUUGACAUCACGCUACAGGUUGAGCGUGAGGGAGAGUCGAGCUGUUGGUGCGGAGCGGGUCGGAGUCCUCUCUCGCAAUCGCAGAGCACAAAUCAGUUCUAGAAGAGCAAGGCUGAUGAACACCUUGGGGGCUUGUCUAAUAACGCGGGAUGACUGGAGCUGUUGGUUGAUGAUUUUGCCAUGAGGACCGGAUGGGGGUAAAGAAGCCGGCUUGUAAUGAGGUAUGGCGGCGUGCACAUCAUAAUGGGUGUACUGCUGAGCUUGGGGC